UCAACAAUAGGGGAGUCCAAUGCAAGCCAUGAAAGUUCAAAUGAGAAUGUUCAUUGGAUCGGCUAUAGGUGUAGCUGACUUGUACGUGUGCGAUAUCAAGUUCUCAUUACGUGUGCAUUUUCUUUUGCGUUGAAAUCAACAGAAUAAUGGGCGAACCAAAAAGUGAAGAUUUGGCGACAGCAAUUCUUCGAAAGAAGGACAAACCAAAUAGAUUAUUAGUGGAUGAAGCUAUUGCAGAUGACAAUUCUGUAGUAGCUCUUUCUCAAGCAAAAAUGGAUGAAUUGCAACUUUUCCGAGGAGAUACAGUAUUGUUGAAAGGAAAAAGACGCAAAGAAACUGUGUGCAUUGUUCUUUCUGACGAUACAUGCCCUGAUGAAAAAAUUCGCAUGAACCGUGUUAUAAGAAAUAAUUUGCGUGUACGUUUAAGUGAUGUUGUUUCUGUACAAGCAUGUCCAGAAGUUAAAUAUGGAAAACGCAUUCACGUACUACCAAUGGAUGAUACAGUAACUGGUCUUACAGGAAACUUAUUUGAAGUAUAUUUAAAACCAUACUUCUUAGAAGCUUAUCGUCCUGUUCAUAAAGAUGAUAAUUUUAUUGUACGUGGUGGUAUGCGUGUUGUAGAAUUUAAAGUAGUAGAAACAGAUCCUGGGCCAUUUUGUAUUGUAGCUCCUGAUACAAUUAUUCAUUGUGAAGGUGAUGCUAUUAAGAGGGAGGAGGAAGAAGAGGCUUUAAAUGCUGUAGGUUACGAUGAUAUUGGUGGUGUUCGCAAACAAUUAGCUCAAAUUAAAGAAAUGGUAGAAUUACCUUUAAGGCAUCCAUCUUUGUUUAAAGUUAUUGGCGUUAAACCACCUCGUGGUAUUCUUUUAUAUGGCCCGCCAGGCACAGGAAAGACCCUUAUUGCUCGAGCUGUUGCAAAUGAAACAGGAGCAUUUUUCUUUCUUAUCAAUGGUCCUGAGAUUAUGAGUAAACUUGCGGGAGAGUCAGAAAGUAAUUUAAGAAAAGCAUUUGAAGAGGCUGAAAAAAAUUCACCAGCUAUAAUUUUCAUUGAUGAACUUGAUGCCAUUGCUCCAAAAAGGGAAAAGACUCAUGGAGAAGUAGAAAGACGUAUAGUGUCUCAGUUGUUGACUUUAAUGGAUGGCAUGAAACAAAGUUCCCAUGUUAUUGUAAUGGCUGCUACUAAUCGACCUAACAGCAUUGAUCCUGCAUUGCGGCGUUUUGGUCGUUUUGAUAAAGAAAUUGAUAUUGGAAUACCUGAUGCUACUGGUCGUUUAGAAAUUUUACGAAUUCAUACGAAAAACAUGAAACUUGCAGAUGAUGUUGAAUUAGAAGAGAUUGCAGCGGAAACACAUGGGCAUGUAGGAGCUGAUUUGGCUUCGUUAUGCUCUGAGGCAGCAUUACAACAAAUCCGUGAGAAAAUGGAUCUCAUUGACUUGGAAGAAGAACAUAUAGAUGCUGAAGUUUUAUCUUCUCUUGCCGUUACUAUGGAUAAUUUCAAGUAUGCUAUGACUAAGAGUAGUCCAAGCGCUUUGCGAGAAACUAUUGUAGAAGUUCCAACUGUGACAUGGGAUGAUAUUGGAGGUUUACAAAAUGUUAAAAUGGAAUUACAGGAGUUGGUACAGUAUCCAGUUGAACAUCCAGAUAAAUUCUUAAAAUUUGGUAUGCAACCAUCCAGAGGUGUAUUAUUUUAUGGACCCCCUGGUUGUGGUAAAACAUUACUGGCUAAAGCAAUAGCUAAUGAAUGUCAAGCAAAUUUUAUUUCUGUAAAGGGUCCAGAAUUAUUAACAAUGUGGUUUGGUGAAUCUGAGGCGAAUGUCAGAGAUGUUUUUGAUAAAGCAAGAGCCGCAGCUCCUUGUGUAUUAUUCUUUGAUGAACUCGAUUCUAUCGCCAAAUCUCGUGGUGGUACACUGGGGGAUGCUGGUGGAGCAGCAGACCGCGUGAUAAAUCAAAUUUUGACAGAAAUGGAUGGUAUGGGCGCAAAGAAAAAUGUAUUUAUCAUAGGAGCUACUAAUCGUCCUGAUAUUAUUGAUCCCGCUAUUCUACGACCUGGCAGAUUAGAUCAGCUGAUUUAUAUACCAUUACCAGAUGAAAAGUCUCGAGAAGCGAUUUUUAGAGCUAACCUUCGAAAAUCACCUGUAGCGAAGGAUGUAGAUUUGAGCUACAUAGCUAAAGUAACACAUGGUUUUUCGGGUGCUGAUAUAACAGAAAUUUGUCAACGUGCAUGCAAACUUGCUAUUAGACAAAGCAUUGAAACUGAGAUUCGAAGAGAAAAAGAACGUGCUAGUAAUCCAUCAGCAUCUAUGGACAUGGAUGAAGAUGAUCCUGUACCAGAGAUAACUAGAGCUCAUUUCGAAGAAGCAAUGAGAUUUGCACGACGUUCUGUAUCUGAUAACGAUAUUAGAAAAUAUGAAAUGUUUGCGCAGACGCUUCAACAGUCUCGUGGAUUUGGAAGUAAUUUUAGAUUUCCGCAAAGCGGAGCAAGCGGUACUCAAGAUACAACACAGGGUGAUCAAACCUUCCAAGAUGAUGGAGAUGAUGAUCUUUACAGCUAAGUCUUCAUGUCUGUGUACCUCAUUACAGUGAGCAUGCGACAAAAGGGCCUGUCUAUUCUGCAGAAAAUACUUUGUGUUUAUAAACACAAAUUUUACAGAAAAGUAAUUCUAAGAAAUUGAUAAUACAAAAAUACAUGAAUCUAAUUCAAUACCAAUUAUUCUGUGUUAGUAUAUGCAAUUUUACGUAUGUAAUUAGGGUAAAUUUUAAUUAAGCUAAACUAACGAUAUAAGUGUAAUAAAAGAACAUUUUUUUAUAUUCAAAUUACACAAGAAAAAAUAUAAAAUUGCGAAAAUUAUAUUGUACUACUAAGAUAAUAUAAAUUUAAUUUCAUUUUAUAUGUAUAGAUAUAUACAUAUUAUAUAUAGAAAUGUAAUUCGUUGAUUAUUACUUUAUACGUAUAUAAACUACCCUAAUCUCAUACGUUAUUUUGUAUAUAUAUUGCAUAGAAAUAUACGAAUUUUCCGUUGUUCAUAAGUUUUUCUAUGUAAUUUUAUAUUUGGGUUAUUCACAUAAAAACAUAAUUCUGAUUCUAUAACAGUGUUAUAUAUUUUUUCAACUUGACUUAGAGAUAGACUCUUUUGCUACGUUGUCGCUGUAUUUAAUUACAUUUCAUUGUUCACACUCUGAGAUUACAGUAAUGUGAGAGUUUAAGCAAUGUCAGUGAAAUUGUUGGAACUGGUGAUGUGUAUUGGUGAAUUUACAGUCUGCUUGUAGUAGUAAAUUUAUUUACAAAUUACCAAAGAA